GGCUUCUUGCAGUAAGUGCAAGAAUUGUUCUGAUAGGAUUUGAACGGCUGUUGUGGGGAACAUUUCAGCUUCUGAAGACCUGACUGAAAGGACGCAAAAUGGAUCACCAUGAAAUUACAUUGGAGGCUGACAAAAUCCACCAAAAUCGUCUGUCAAGUGUCACAGAGAAUGAAGAAGAACAAGAUGCAGCUUAUACAAUUGUGACAGUCCUGGAUAAAGUGGCCAACAUUGUGGACAGUGUGCAGGCAAGCCAGAAAAGAAUAGAGGAGCGACACAGAGAGAUGGAAAAUGCAAUCAAGACCAUACAGAUUGAUAUUUUAAAGCUUGCCCAAGCUCAUGGCAAUACAGGUUAUACAGUUAACAAAUUGCUUGAGAAAACUCGCAAAGUUAGUUCCACUGUUAAAGAAGUAAGGGCACGUGUGGAAAGGCAGAGUGUGAAUGUACGGAAGAUUGAAGCAAAACAAGAGGAAAUGCUGAGAAAAAACAAAUUUCGAGUUGUAAUCUAUCAGGAGGAAACCGAGUGUCCUUCAUCUCUCUCUGUAAUCAAAGAGAGGACAAGAAGUGAAAAUCUAGAGGAUGAUUUCCUCCCACCUGAUGAUCUGUCUUCUGAUGAAGAUUAUAUUGAAGAAAGCAAAGCAACUCAUUUCAAGAAACCAGGCAUGAGGCGCAUAGAUGAUAUCAGAAAGGCAUUUUCAAGGGAAAAUAUCCAAAAGACAAGACAAGAUUUUGGAAAGAAAGUAAACAGGCUUCGAACUAGAAUAGUGACCCCUGAAAGGAGAGAGAGAAUCAGGCAGUCAGGAGAGAGACUGAAGCAAUCCGGGAUAAAGUUCAAGAAAACCAUUUCACAAGCUGCCCCAAUGAGGGAGACAUUCAAAAUCCAUAAAAAAAAAAAAGAACGAACAGUAGCUGAAGGUCAGGAGGGAAUUCAGGAAGGCAGUGCUCACACAGCUUCUGAGACUGCAGCAGCAGAGCCUUUCAUUGAAGAGAUCUCUUACACAGAAGUGACUACUAAGAUAAAGAAAGACAAGAGCAGUGGAACAAAAGGUGCUUCUGAGCCAGCUGAAAAAGGAGAGGCAAUCCCAGAAAUCGGUUUUAAACAGGAAGGAAAAGAAGGAGGAGGAGGAGGUGAUAAUGUUCCCCUGCUAGACUUAAAGCAAUCAGCAUAAGAAGUCAAUUAACGUAUGUACCAUGCUACUGGUACUGAAUAAGAGAGAACAUAGUACAUAUUCACUUAAUUUUAGAAAAAUGUGUGAAUUUUUGUUAUAUCAGAAAAUAUGUAUGAGUGUUGUUCUAUCAUUUAUAUGUGUGUCUGUAGUGUUCUCUUCCUGACAAAAUGACAAGAAGUCAUACAAAUUUAAGAAAGGGACCUCUUUCUCUGGAUGUGUACCAACAGUUAUCAUUAUUCCAAUUGGAAGUUAUAAUGGCACAUCAAAGGAAGAUGGAAACCUACUGUAUUUUUAAGAUUGAUUUAGUAUUCACUUAACAGACUCAUUAUUCUCUUUAGUUUUAUGUGCAACAGUAUAAAAACAUUUUCCAUUAUCUUAUACCAAACCCUCUAAACAGGAAACAAACAGUAACCGAAGUAUUACUUCAUAUUAGCAGAAGGAAGAACUACAAAAGGUGUCCAUGCAACUAUAAAAAUCUUUUCUUUCAUGGGUCCUCACUGACACAGCAGUUUGAAGGAACUUUAUCCAGGGUGUCAAAAAAUGUAUUAAGAAUGAUGAUUUUUGAUGAAAAGUGUUUUUUCUCAGUGCAAAAGAGAAGUACCUGACCUGAAUAAAGAUUAUUUCCAGAGUUCUGAAAGAGGAAGUAAUGAUGGAGUUUAGCAAUGCAUUUUCCACUCUUAGGAAAUAAGAUGAAACAAGCAGAAGACAAAUUAAAAUGGAAUAGCAGCAGAAGAAGAGAAUUAGGCAUCAUGUUCAUGUUUUGGAAAGACCAGAACAUGAUCAUGAAAAAGGCAGGGAUAUAAAGAAGUAAAAGUGAAUAGGAUGAACAUAUGCAAUGUGGAUGAGUAGAGAGAGGAAAAUAUAAAAUUGCAACUGAAGUUUGAUUCAUUUUCUUGAGAUCUUUGUAACAAUUAAUUGUUACCCUAUACAGUGGAUAAAAGGGUUCAUGAAUGUAACUGGCAACAUGAGAACUGUUCUGUUUUUCCAUUCUCUGGUGUUUUUCUGAGAUUUGCUGCAAUUAAACUCUAUUCUACAAA